AUGCCUGCAGAAGUCGAUACUGCCGCGUCGGCAAUAAACACCAACGCGCCAAAUUCACCCGCGUCGGCGACAGCUGCCAAGUUCGCGCCGAUAGAAGACGACCAUACCGAUGAAACACUCCGGCCGUCGGUCGAAAAUGACAAAGUGGACUCAACCACACCGGCCAAAAACGGAGUCGCAGCUACCGCUCAAGAAAUUACUGGUGACAGGGAGGACGCUAACGAAGCGAACAACCGCGCCUCCGAUACCAACUUCGAUGACGACGACGAAUUGGACGACGACGGCGACGAUAAUCUCACGCCGCCGCCUGACUCGCCAAGCCCAGUCCCUAGCCUGUCUGCUGUCAACAACAACAGCCUUCAGGACGAGAUAGUGGUCGGCACCAAGGCCAACGGAGCCAAGCCGUCUGCUCGUGUCCAGCCAGACCAGGACGACGUUGACAUGGUUGAUGCUGACAUCUCACGCAGCGGCUCACAUUAUCCCAAGCGUAAAAGGAACUCAAUGUAUGCCUCAUUAGAAGACGACGCAAGUGACGGUGUCGCGUCGCCAGCGCUUUCAAAGUCAGAUGCGAUGGCGAUGCUCCUCAAGGGCCGCGACAAAGUCCGAGGCAUUACUCUAGGCUACUGGAGAGACUCAGAAGUGCCUGAGAAGGAAUUUAAGCACCAGGUCGUUGGUUUCAUAGACGUUCGAGACCGGUUGCGUACUCGGGUGCAGGCCACAUCCCGGUUUGGCAAAAUCAUGACUGAUAGAUUUCCUCUGCCGCCUGGUCCGGGUGGCAGCUGGGUGACGUUUGAGCGCAUCGUUUUUGAAGAUCACCUCGUCCACCUAGACCAUGAGCAGAUUAAAGAAUAUGUCAAAGUCCGCGCAGAGACUUGGGGCACCGAGACAACCGACGAGGAAGUUGCAGCGAACAACAGUGCGGCCGUCAAGGAAGCCGUCGCCCGUGUUCAGGCCCGCCCGACACCGGAAAACACUCCUUUUCAACAGCCUAUUAUUGCUUACGGCGAGGACAUACCAGAUCACGCCAAGGUAAACCGCGCCCAUGAGAAAAAGAAGCGUCGUCUGAACAGCAUCGCUAUGCCAUCACCACAAACGCCUUCGUUGCCUCAGCAGCAGUCCUUUACUGUUGACACGCCAGAAGUGGUACCUCCUCCGCGUGGCCGCGGUGGCGCCAAGGCUGGAACGGUUUAUGAUGACAUCCCUGGUACACGUCCUACUAAGGUUGUCGUUGGAUACUGGGCCAAGUCACAAGAGACAGACCCCAAGGAUAAGCAUGCCGUAUAUGGAGUGUUGGGCUCCAACGACAUGUUUCGUGUUAAGCUUGUCAAGCAUACCAGGGACGGCCGUGCCAUCAACGGUGACUUCCCAUCUGGCCCCGGUGCAGUCUGGAUCAACUGGGAGGAAGUUGUGUUCGAGCCACACCUGCGCAAGCUCGAGCGUGCCGAGAUCAAGGAGUAUUGUCGGAUUCGCCAAAGUCAAUACGAUGCUGGCGAGUUGCCUCAAGAUAGGAUUUCUAACGAGACAAAGGCUGUGCACGAGGCUCAAGUUCGUGUCGAGUUUGGCCGCCCACAGAACCCAAUGGCCGGCAACCAGGUGCGGCAAGUCGGCAAUGAACCUAUGAUCCUCCCGAGCCGGUCUCAAUCUGGCUACCAUGGUACGAGUAACUCUCAGCUGGAUGACGAUAGCGAGCAGCCACAGCAUGAUGGGGCUGCCACAAACGAGCCACAGAACGUCGACCUCCGGGAGCGCCCUGCAAGGCACAUUGUUAGUGAUGACAACUACGACGACGACACGAAUUUCGAGGCUGGUCCCGGAUCUGGUCACGAACUUCGGCAAUCCAGACGUUCAACAAUGGCGCUGACUCAAGCCCAGAAGGAUAUUCCCCGGCCAGCGCGUCACUCGUUGCCCAAUGCGUCUGAGCUUCGCGCUGCGAACCGUCGCCCGGCUCCGGCGUCGGUCCCGGUCCCGGCAUAUAACGACAGUAGUGACCGCAUGGCUCGCGUAAACUCGAUUGCCCAGCAGAACCUGGCCAUGGCUGAGUCGCAUCAGGUGCGCAUCAGCCAACGCCAAAGCCUCAAUGGCGGCAAUGUGAACGGGGGCCUCUACCAUUCGGACAACUCGGCCGCCAGCUUUGGUGCUGCUACUUCCCAAAUGCAGCGGAUUUGGGCAAUGCAGGAGGAACAGCGUUUGAUGCCUGGAGCCGUCGAUCGACCCGCCCCUGUCGAGGAGAAUAAGGUCGAAGUCAAGGAGCACGCGGGAAUCACAUAUGCUCGCAAGAAGAACGGGCCGUUUCCUGGAAAACUCGCAAGCAACGGUACCCUCAUCUCUAUUGAUGGCGAAGAUUAUGUCGAGUACCGCGUGCUUACCAAGCCUAGUUUCACCUUUUAA